CCUCAGAUCCAGAUCCAGGCCGUCCCGGGGCGGAGCUCCACCUUCCAGCUCCUCUUCUUCCUCAGAUUCUGGAUCCUGAGCCCUGCAGCGCAGAGGUGCAGACAGUUCUUGGUGCUCCUGGCUCUUUGUGUGUGUGUGUUUGUUUUUUUUUAAAGCUGAGGGUUUUUUGGAUCAGCUGCUACCUGCUGUCGUGUCUCCAUCAUCAUGGGAGCACAGAGCUCAUCGCAGCGGGACGAGAAGAACCAGGAGGAUGCUUCAGCUUCAGCCUCCGGUGGGGAGCUGAGCGCAGAGGUGAAGGUGCUCCAGGACAGCAAGCUUUUGGAGAAAAAUGGACAGAUCUCCAGUUUGACCAGUCUGAAUGGACACUCAGAGGACAACACGUUGGCUGAAGUUGGCCAGCCAGAUGGUGUAUCUGUGGCCCAGAAGGAGGAAGCUUCUGACGCCACAGAAACAGCCCAGGUCGAAGAGACCCCACAAGUAAACGGCGAGAAGAUGGACAAAGAAUCCCCUGAUGUGAAUGAGAUUACUUCUAUUGAAGAGAAGGCAACAGAUGAGAAACCCAACAACGCCAAUGAAGUUGGAUUCAAAAAGAUCUUCAGCAUCGUGGGCUUGAAGUUCACGCUCAAGAAGGAUAAAAGUGAAGAGGCGGACCCUGUGAAGCUACUGAUAGUAAAAGACAAAGAGGGAGAGGAAGUCUGUGAGACUAAAGAAGCUGCAAAAGACAAGGAGGCAACGGAGAAAGCCACAACAGAAGUAAAGGAGGCUGACACAGAGCCAUCCGCUACCGAAGCAGACAAAGCUGAAGCCACCGACCCCCAACUGGAAGGCGUUGCUGCCAAGGCUGCUAACGAAGAAGUCAAGGAGGAGGGAGCUGAGAGAGAAGCAGAAACCUCUUCUCCAACCAAGGACACUGGUGUGUCCUCUUUUAGAAAGUUCUUCUCUGGAGGACUCUUCUCAAACCUGCGGAAAAAAAACAGUAUCAAAAAGACAAAAGACGAGGAGGAAACAGAGACAACUGUAAAGGAGUCUAAUAUAGAAGAAGCUGCUGCUGAGGAAAAGGAGGAGAAAGAAGCUCCAGAGCAGGAAACAAAGGAGGUCGAAGCAAAAGAGAAGGAAACUCAGGGCGAAAAAGAUGUGAUAGAUGAGAAAACCAAGGAGAAUGAUGUGACAGAAAAUGAAGUCAAGGAGGAGAAAUCUGAGUCUGAGCCCAAGGAAGAUGCACCAAGCACUCAACAGGAAGCAACAUCCGAAACUACUCCAGAAGAGAAAGUUGAAGCCUCUGCUGCCACUGAUAGUACUACUGAAACCAAACAAGAGGACCAAAAGUUGGAAGAGAAGGUUCCAGAAGAGGCAACGUCUGAGGCCGAGCACCAGUCGUCACCGGAGAAGUCAAAGCCCCACGGGAGCCCACUGAAGAAGCUCUUCACUGGAGCUGGCCUGAAAAAGCUCUCAACUAAGAGACAUAAGAACAAGAAAGAAUCAGAGUCGAAGCCAGCUGAAUCUGGGGAGCAGGCAGUGGAGCAGCUGCAGUCCUCCAAUGAGUCUGAAGAGGCUCCUAAAGCUGACAGUGGACCCUCGUCUCCAGAGGCAUCGGGGGAGCAUGUCAUUGCUGUGGAGGUGAACCAAAAUGAGUCCAGCCAGGAACACGAAGGUGAGACUACAUCUGACAGUGAAAAGAAAAAAGAUGGCGUCAUCGCCUCCUUCAGGAAACUGGUAUCGCCUAAGAAGUACGCUAAAAGGUCUUCUGACAGUGAAGAUGAGGGCACGAGUGACAAACUGGUAAAGUCUGCCACUCUGUCCUCUUCUGAGAGUGCUCCAGUUGAAGAAAAGGUUGAAGAGAAAGAGACCAAAGAGGACAAGCCUUCAGAGGAAGAGCCAAAGACAGAAAACACAGAAAAGCUGACCAGCAGCACUGAGGAGCCAAAAAAGAAAAUGGACACCUCUGUUUCCUGGGAGGCUUUGAUGUGCAUGGGUGGACCCAAAAAGAGGACAAGAAAGACGUCUGAUUCAGAUGAUGAAGAGACCAAGGCUGAAGAGGAGACUGCAGGAGAAAAAGCAGAAGAGAAAGAAGAAGACGAAACUGAGGGUGCUGAAGUCCCUCCCCAAAGCCCAGAGAACGAAGAAGUAAUAACUCCUGCACCUGAGCCUGCGAGAGAGUCCCCCUGGAGCACGUUGAAACGCUUAGUCAUGCCUAAAAAUAAGCCCAAAAGUGAAGAAAAGCCAGAGGAACCUGCUGAUCAAGUCCAACCAGACACUGAAACCUCAAAAGAAGAGUCCUCUUUCUCUUUGAAGAAGCUUUUUCAUGGACGUAGGAAGAAGGUGGAAAAACAAACUUCUGCUGACCAAGGCUCAGGUGAGGAGGACUCCGACACCCCAGCUGUAGUCCCUCUCUCAGAAUAUGAAGAACAAGCUGAAGCAGAGCAGGAAGCACCAGCAGAACCAGCUUCAGUCCAGGCUAAAGUAUCGGCUGACGACAGAUCACCGUCGUGGAUCCCAGCCGUAGUUGAAGAUGAUAAGCAUGACCAGCUCAGUGAUAUCCCAGAGGAGGUAGAAAAUUUGGCCACGCCAAAAUCUGUUGACACUGACAUUGCAGACGAUGACACAGAGGACCAGGUUGCACUGCCAAAAGGUCCAAGUAGCACAGAGUGCAAGCUGUCCAUGGCGGAAGUGAAGCCCAUAACCCUGGCUCCAGCUGCAGCAACCUCCUCUAUUCCUCAGGGACCCGAGAUACAGACUGCAGAUGAGGUUGUUAGUAAAAUUGAGGCCCAAGUCAGUGAAGUUCCAGCUCAGACAUCAGUAACUCUUGAAUAUGCUCCACUGGAUGUAGCUUCAGCAGAAACAGAACCAGAAAUGGAGAAUGCCAAGUCUGUGACAAAGGCCAUCCUGGAGCCACAUGUACAAAGUGAGGUUGUGGCCAUUUGCACCGGCCUCGAAAUCAAGGAGCUUGAAGAUGUUUCUCUGGAGCAGCCAAUUGAGCCUACCGUAGAGUGUAUAGGUCCAGUUAGUGGUGUUACAAGUGUGGAGAUUGCUGUGGAGCAGAAGGCAGAAGAAUUAGAGGAAGCAGCUGCUACAGAAGAUCCUGUACACAAGGCUCAAGUCCAUCUGGUACAAACUCUUGAACUUGAACCUGUUGUAGAAGAACUAGUGGGUGAAGACUUAGACAUUCAAGCUGCCAGUGAGAGUUACGAAGCUGAGAUCGAAAAGGUUGGAGUUGUUGGCACAGAGAACUCUGAGGUCAUCCAGCCCACAUUGUUGAAGAAGAACUCACCUAACACUGUCAUGGUCGAUCCCAUCACACCAAUACCUGAAAUGGUUGUCUGUACUCAGACCGUGGAAGUCUCUGAGGUGGUUGUAGAGACCAAGGAAAGCAAUAUGGACAUGGAGCGGCAUGCUGCUGAUGGAGAAAAUACUCCAGCAGAGGAGGUGAUUCAGGCAGUGGCUCAAGAGCUUUCAACCACAGAAUGUGACGCUAAAGAAGACACAAAGGGAACUGAAGUAGCUGUCCCUGCAGAUGUCCCAAGUGUGGAAAGUGCUGUUAUCACAGAGACGGUGGUCCUUGUUGCGCUGGACGAUGGGGAGGCUAAGAAAGAAACAAUCCAGGACCAGAAAACUGUGGAAGCCAGUGGGAAAAUGGAAGUGAUUGACAAUGAAAUCGAGACUCAGAGUGCAGAGAUAGCAGAGGCUGUCAUUAAAGAUGCUGUAGGUAAAGUUUUAGAAGAUAUUCCACAAUCCGAAAAGUCUACAGUGACCAUUCCAACGCCGGUCAAGGCAAUGGCGACGACUGACAUUGCAACUGAGCCCGUUGUUAGUACUGAAACCCCUGUUCUUGGUUUCUGUGAAAAACCAUCCCAAAAAUCACCGCAGACACUUUGUGUUGCAGUGGAGGUGACUGAGACCGUCCAACUGGAGGUCACAGAAAACAUCAAGGAGGAGGAGACACCAAAGAAAAGCUUGAAGAUGGCUGCGGAGGUGGAAGUAAGCAAAGAAACCAUCAUCGAGGAGGAAGUAACAGAGAUUGAUGGAAAGAUUGAACAACCUGAAGAGAAAGAGAGCAAAGAAGUAAAAGAAGCUGAUGAGGAUGUGAAGUCACAGCUUGAGGAAUGCAAGCCAGAGGAGAAAUCAGACAAAGUUCUUGAGAUCCACAUGCCAACCCAGGUGGUCCUGCAGUCGGCAGAGAUGGUCGAGGAGCUGCCCGUGGAAGUGGAAACCGUCGCAGAGCUCGACAAAGACGGUUCUAACACCGACGCAACGUCUGAGAAGCCACUGAGACAAAACGAACUCUCAGACCUGCCAGAAGAGCCCCAAGAGUCGGCUUCAGGAGAGGCUCCCAGUCAAGAAGCAGAAACAGAGAAAACCCCAUCAGAAAAGUGCGCGGAAGUGAUGGCGCAGGUGAUUGAGGUGAUCGAAGAGGCUGUGAAGGAGAUCGAGCCAGUGUCCACAGAGGUCACGGCCGCAUCAUGAGCAGGUGAAGAUGCUGGACCGGCGCCUGGGAGACGACCCAUCUGUGGGAGAGAGGCUGCUCGGCGGUAUCACUCUGUGAUGAGCUUCACUCAUUCAUCCUGAGCACCAACUCUGACUUUCUCUCCACCCUCAGCCCCGUCAUGCAGCUCCAUCACAACAACACCCCCACACAACACAUAUCCUGCUCCACAGAAGCCUCCCGUCUGACUCGUAACCGCUCCUCUGAACCUUCGGUGACCUCCCGCCGCCUUUGCUGCAAACUCCUGAGUGUGGAUUUGUGCGUUCGGACGCCAGAGUGCAAGUUUUGAUGUGCAAAAAAUAAAAAAAAUGUGAAGUGGUGUCAGCAGGCGAAGAGAUGGAUGAUUAAUAUCCUGUAUAUUGUAUUUAUAUCCUGACUAUUCAUUCAGUCACACAUAUCUUUAUUUUCCUCUUUUUAUUGUUUGUUGCCUGUUUUUGUUUUUUUUACUUCAUGCUGUGAUGCAUCAGCAACAUUUUAGAGUCCAAGUUUCUCCUUCCAUUUACAGAAAACAUUGUUUUUGUUGCACAUCUUCAACUGGCAUUAGAACUAAGUCACGGUACAAACGUCCAGCAGGCAGAGCGCAGGAAGAUGACAACCUGAAAUGCACCGUGGGGUUUAACGUUGUAGCCAUGAGUAUUCACUCUGCUAAAUGUUUGAAAAGAUUCAUGUAGAUCAAACCUCACUGCCUGUCUCACUGUGAAUACACAUUGUUACUCAUAGUUAAUGUGAUAAUAUAAAGCUACAAUAAACACUCCAGUUGAUUAGGUAGAAGGAAUUUGCUGAUUUUGAACACUGGGUUGGUGUAUGAGGAGAAAUAUACAAAACGUGUCAAGUUCCUGAUUUAUGAUGACUGUUUCCAGACUUGUACGUGCUUCUCGUAUAAAAACACUCGCUUUUGCCGUGAACACCUGAUUUUUCCAACCAAAGCGUUCAUGUGAUGGGUUGAAUCUGGUAUUAUUUAAUUUUCAGUCAGUUCUGGAAGACGUUCGCCUGAGAAUUUAGCCAACGCUUUGAUAAGAUUUCAUUCAGCAGCUCAUUCGAGGGACUCUAAAGGCUUCAGCUUUAUGACCAAACUAUUUAGGCGCGAUGUUUGCUUUAUGUAAAAUAAAGAAUUAGAGAUUUAAGGCCUUGCUAUUGUUGCAUUAAGUAUAAAGCAUCUAGGGGCAGCCAUCCAGUACUCCUUUUUUAUUUGUAACCCUCUAACUGUGAACCUGUUAACAUUUGUACAGAUUGUAUAACUACUGUAUGUACCUAAUGUAAUUUGAACUAAUACCUGCAGCAAGUUAGCAUAAGACUCGUGUAGCACGGUCGUUGUUGACUUUUUAUAUUUCCCAAGCUGUCAAUAGUAAGGACCCAGAAACUUGUCUAUAUUUCAUUCAAUAAAGUUAAAGGAAAUUUGUGCUUUCU